AUGAAGCCGGAAACUAAGAGAACCGCCAUAGCCAGGCGGCGGAACAACAACGACGAUUAUUCGCCGUUCAAUCUAGGCACUCUGAAGCAUGCGAUCGACGCCAUAGAUGCUGCCGAGGAGAAGGAGAAGAAGACACUCAAUCUGGCGUCCUUGUCUUCGGCGUUAUCCGUUGCGAGUCGGAAGAUGAAGCAAACCGAGAAAUCUGAGCGAAAGCGAGCAAGAGAUACGAGGAAGAGGAAUCAGAAGAGGCCGAUGAUCGCAACGAAGCCAGAGACGAAAGCAGAACUGCGACGAUGGUUUUCCAACUUCGACGAAUCGUUCAAACAAUCACUGACGAAUAAGAAGAUGGAUCAAGCAGCGCCUAAAACCUUAGUUUGUGAAUUUGACACAGAUUACAUCGCGCGUUUUUCGAAGCUACCUUUUUAUUGA